CCACAUGAACACUAUUGCUUUCAUUGCAUUAAAUUUGUUUCUGUAAUCUGUAAGGUUUAAGUGACUCUGAUUUGAUAUUUAUUAAUUUUAAUCUUUUUAUCGUAAUAUAAUCUUGAUUUUUGACCAUGUAUUGAUGUUUUAAAAUAUUAAAUGUGAAAAUAGGUUAUAAAGUUAUAUAUAUAUAUAUUAUAAUACUUGUACAAAAUGAGCGACUCAUCUGUGAAGAUUAUUGAAGACCCAAAGGUAGUUGCUGAAUUAGAAGGUAAAGCUAAACUAAGAAAAUGGCUUAACAUGAAUUUUAGAAUAGAGAUGACAGAUGGCAGAGUACUGAUAGGGGUUUUUUUGUGCACCGACAGAGAUGCUAACGUUAUUUUAGGAGCUUGCUCAGAAUAUCUUAAGAGUCAUGAUGGUGAAACAGAGGAACCACGAGUUCUUGGUCUAGUGAUGGUGCCUGGACGUCACAUUGUAUCUAUACAAAUUGAUGACACUACCACAUCUCAAAAAUAUUAUUUUGAUGAAUAAGAUACCAAAUAAAUAACAAUAUAGGUAAUCAGCAUAAUUAUUUAAUUAGUCAAUAAAAAAGUUUUAUUACGAACACAUUUUGCUUAGAUCUUGUAAUGUUUUUCUAAAUAAACUUUUUUCGAGAUAAA